AUGGCGUUCGCAGAGAGCUACAAGAAGGUUUCAGACCUCAGAAUGACCAACAUGAAGAGCACGAAACAGAAGACGUGGCGUGCUGCUGUCACCGUCGCCGUUGCGGCGGCUGCGGCUCGUUUUUACUUCGCCCCGGGAGCCGGUCUUCAACCCGCAACGCUCGAGUCGUGCAUCAACGACGUCUGUGCCGGCCGCGCUAGUUGCGUACGUUUUGGCGACGACGGUAUGAGCGACUGGGUCCAACCCUUCAACCUCGGUCAAACCUCCGUUCCGGUUGCUGUUGUUCGACCGAAGAACGCAGGGGAAGUUGCUGGCGUUGUCAAAUGUGCUCUCAAGCACGAUACCAAGGUCCAGGCUAAGGCUGGUGGGCACUCCUUUGCGAACCACGGUCUUGGUGGCGAGAAUGGUGCCAUCACUAUUGACAUGCACCACUUCCAAUACACAUCUGUCAACAUGCUGAACCCGUCUCGGAGCAUUCGCGUCGGAGGCGGAACGAGGUUGGGACAGAUUGAGGAGCACCUUGGCCCAUACAAGCGAGCCAUGCCCCGCGGAGUCUGUGGUGACAUUGGUAUCGGUGGGCAUGCGACUGUCGGAGGGAUCGGUCCCAUGUCUCGCAUGUGGGGAACUACUCUCGACCACGUCGAGGGGGUUGAAGUGGUCACCUCAAACGGCACCCUCGUACGCGCGAACAAGAAGGAGAACCCCGACCUAUUCUUUGCGAUCAGAGGAGCAGGCGCCAGCUUCGGCAUCGUCACUGAAUUCACGAUGAAGACCCAUCCAGCUCCAAAGGAAGUCCUUCACUACACGCACGACUUCCAGUCUUCCAGCCUGGAGGAGAAGGUCGAUGCAUUUCACCAGUGGCAGACCCUGAUUGCCGACUCAACCCUUGAUCAGCGCCUUGGUACAGAAUUCACCUUGACUUCCGGCGGCGGCGCCAGCAUCUCCGCUACGUGGUACGGUUCCGAAGAUGAUCUCCAACAGUCCGAGAUUCUCGGGAAGCUUCCUUCGGGUGCAGCACCUGCUCUUCUCAGUCAUGAGACCUGGGAAAGCUCCCUCAUGAAGCAUGGUAUUCAAGAAGCCCGCCAUAAGUCCACCUCUCCGAGCAAGUUCUUCUCCAAGGGACUUGGUUUCACCAAAGCAGACCUGUUCUCAAAGGCCGCAAUCUCUGCGCUCUUCGAACGAGCCACUGCCCAAGACCAGGAAUCAGGCCCGUGGUCAAUCAAGUUCCAGGCUGCAGGCGGUGCUAUCUCCGAUGUCCCCACCAGCGCGACGGCUUUUGCGCACCGAGACAAGGUCAUGUUCUACCAGUCGUUCGCGCCUAGCGGCUGCGCCGCAACAGAGGGCGUUUUGGAGGGUUUCCAUCGAGAAAUCUUGAAUGGGAUGGCAACUCGAACCCCAGGAGCGUAUCCUGGAUUCGCGGACUCGGAGUUGAGGGACGCGCAGGCAGCGUAUUGGCAGGGAAAUCUUCCCGUCUUGGAGGACAUCAAGGCGUCCUGGGACCCCAUGGACGUCUUUCACAACCCUCAAAGUGUCCGGCCUCGGGCUUCUUGA